AUGUUCUCGCCUCCCCCGUUUGGGCUCUCGCUCGAAUCGGAACCUUUAUGCGUUGCCUCCUCUAGAAAGGCAUUCCAGCUUCAGAGGCAGGUGAGCCGGGUCAGGAAGGAGUUUGACUGCUGGGAUCGGAUCCUAUUCGAAGCACUCCACCACGAAUAA